UUAAACGUCAAUGCAAGUAUAUGAUUCCUUGCUACACGCGCUGACAUGAGCAACGCCAAGAAUUCCAUUCAUCAACUAGGCUUCAUCCCGGUGGAUAUACACUGAUACAGCCGACCAGAUAUGAUCUACUUCAUUCUCACUCACACUGUUGCAGGUUGAGCAGGAAUUUCAUACACUAUUUUUCGUGGAUGGUAAUGCGGUACAUUCUCAUGAACCCAUCUAUGGAUUUCCAAUGUUCUAGCGAUUGGACUCAAACCCGGGAAAGGUAAAGGGACAGGCGGGUGUUGAAGGUGCCCAGGUGUAGCAGUUGAGCCUGCGUUGGACAUGGGACGGUAUCUUAGCUUUUGGGGAUACAGUGCCGAAGGAAUAGCGUCUUCCUGAAGGAAAGCUGACUUCGGGCUGAAGCGGGAAGCUGAGACACGGGGGGCGCCAGAAAAAUGCAUUCCAACCACGGCUUUAUCUUGCUUCUCCUAAACGGAACAGCGUGCUUGCUGGCCCUGGGUCAAGAAGAUGACUCUCCAAGCCCCAAGAGCUCCUCAGCAGACAGGUCGUCCUCUAAGACGGUGGGUCUCCUGGGGAGCCAGACUCCCCUUUCCCCCCUGAGUCGCUGGAUGCUCCAGAGUAAAAGCCGGGCAGCCAAUGCCACCUCCCUGGAGCUGCCCUACCGCUCACCCAUUCCCUUCUCCAAGCAGGAGUUCUGGGAGAUGCUGGGUAGUGACCUGAUGAAGCCAGACACCUCCUCUUCCUCCCGCGUCAAACGCCGGCCCAUUGUCAAGACGGGCAAGUUCAAGAAGAUGUUUGGCUGGGGAGACUUUUACUCUAACAUCAAGACGGUGCGCCUCAACCUGCUGAUCACCGGCAAGAUCGUAGACCACGGCAACGGAACGUUCAGCGUCUACUUCCGCCACAACUCCACGGGCCAGGGCAACAUCUCAGUCAGCCUGGUGCCGCCGGUCAAGGCGGUGGAGUUCGACCUGGAGCGCCAGAGCGUGGUCUACCCCAAGGACUCCAAGAUCUUCAACUGCCGCGUGGACUAUGAGAAGGUGGACCGCAGCAAGCGCACGUCACUGUGCAACUACGACCCGUCCAAGACCUGCUUCCAGGAGCAGACACAGAGCCAUGUCUCCUGGAUCUGUUCCAAGCCCUUCAAGGUAAUCUGUAUCUACAUCUCCUUCUACAGUACAGACUACCGCCUGGUCCAGAAGGUCUGCCCGGACUACAACUACCACAACGAGAUGCCCUACCUGCCCUCGGGCUAGAGAGGGGCACACAGGAGGGGCAGAGGAGGGAUGAGGGGAGGAGUGACUUUGUAGGGUGAGGGGCCACUAAAUUGAGCUGGAUAAACUUUUUCUGUCAUUUGCUGCAAAACCUCACCAGACAACCCCUCGCUGUAGCCAGACUACUGUUCCCUGUAAAAACGUAUAUAUGCAAAAAAUACAGUAUGCACACAGUGAGGCAUUUAGAUUUAGAGUGCUGUCAUGAAGCAUUCUUCGACAGGAACAGUAGUAACUAGCACGCCCAACAUCAUCACGCACAUUUUUACCUCAACUCAAACCGCUAAUUCGCUAAAUACUUCGCUAAAUACAGAAAACACCUACAAACAUCUAUGAAUGUUUUCGUGAACUACUGCACACUGUCAUUCAGGUGAGGUAACACUACUUUCAAAAGGGCAACUUCCAUUUGUUUCUGUAUGGACCCUUCCUCCCAUCUUUCCCAAUACUCCCAUAUCCCACCCCAACCCUCUCCCCCACCCUCUCUCUCUCCACACCUCUAUAGCAUCCCGAUAGGCUAUCCCACCCAAUGUUUAUUCUAAAGGUCUGACAUUCUAUCAAACAUCAUCUCUCUCUUUCCCUGAAUUAUGUCACCUCAAUGACAUAGAAAAGAGAGAUUGAGAGAGAGAGUGAGAGAAAGAAAGGGAGCGAGAG